AUGUCCUCCAGCGCCCCAACCACCGAUCCUUCUGCCGGCCAAGCACGCUCCUCCUCGGCGAAGGACAGCGCAGCAGCAGCACCACCACCAACGCCCCAACACGGAUCACGUGAUUCUCAUUGCGAAUACAGCGACGAUGCCCCGACCCACGAACACCGCCAGGAUCCGGCGGACGGUAACCAGGAGGUCCAUUAUUACCGCGGAUUCCUCGAGCGGCUGCUGGACCUCGUCACCCACGGGGACGAGCAGGCCGUCAGCCGCAUGAUUUCUGUCAUUCGCUCUGGUGCUUCGCACGACGCCAUCCUCGUCACCCUUGCCGAACUAACUGGCGAAUCAAACCAGCCGGACAGCGAGAUCGGAGGGUAA